UCCAGCAUUUGCUCACAAUGAAGAUCACCCUGGUACUCGUACUCCUCGCCACCUUCCUCGGCUGUGUGAUGAUCCACCAGUCGGAGGCGACCUCCACCACCACGACCACCUCCGCCACGGCGACCACCACUACUUCCGCCUCGGCCACCACUGCUUCCUCCUCGGACACCACCACUACUUCCUCCUCGGACACCACCACAACAGCCUCACCUUCAAGCUCCAAAAAAAAGGAGACUGUCACGCACUAUAAGCGGAAGGUCAAGAAGCCAAAGAAGGUCAGGAAAAUCAAGAGGAGGAGGGGUCUCAGGAGCCGCAAUGGUCGCAGCAGCAGAAACCGCAGAUCCGAUGAAUGAAAGAUCCAGGACCAAUAGGAAAUUCACGCCACUCUCGAUGCUCAACCCAAUGACAACCAUAGCACUAAAAUUUGCAUAGUUUAUAGGAGUAGCAAUAUUGUUCGUUUA